AUGCUCACAAAAUGGAAAACGGGAGGUCAUAUCAAGGACUCCGAAUACAGAGCGUUGUACUGUAGUGACGGGUCUCUUCCGAGGGCCUAUGGACUGCCAAAGAUACACAAGCUUGGUUGCUCUUUUAGAAUUAUCGUGUCAUCGGUGCGCAGUCCGCUGUAUUCUUUGGUUACGUUCUUACAUAAUAAAUUAUUCAAGACCAUUCCGAAGGCCGACAGUAACGUUAGAAAUAGUUUCGAAUUAGUCGAGAAAUUAAAGAGUGUGCAUUUCACAGAGGCACACGAACUAAUAUCUUUGGAUGUCACCUCUUUGUUCACGAACGUGCCAACGGAUGUAGCGAUUGACUGUGUGAACGAACAUUGGUAUGUUAUUGCCAGCGAUUGCUCCCUACCCAAGAAAGAGUUCUUGGGAGCAAUACAGUUUGUCUUAGACUCUUUUCCUUCGACGUUCUUUUCCUUCGACAAUGUGAUUUACAAGCAAUGCUUUGGCACUCCCAUGGGUUCUCCAAUAUCACCGAUAAUAGCGGACUUAGUGAUGAGGAGAUUGGAGACAGUGUCCUUGAUGUCGUCGAAUUUUGACACCUUAUUUUAUUAUAGAUACGUUGACGACAUAUGCACUGCGGUACAUCCCUCGCAAAUCGACGGGCUACUAAAACAAUUCAAUUUAUUCCAUCCACGCUUGCAGUUCACCGUAGAAAGAGGCGGAAAUACGAUAAAUUUCCUGGACAUUACCGUGUCUAUCAAUGAAAAUCGGUGUAAUUUAGACUGGUACCGUAAGCCAACGUUUUCAGGUAGAUUCCUGAACUUUCAUUCUAAUCAUCCUUUGACGCAGAAAAAAGGCACCAUCUUUUCGUUAGUCGACAGAGCCUUUUUAUUAUCUGACAAUAUAUUUCACACCAAAAAUUUGACUUUCAUCAUUAAUAUCUUACUCCUAAAUGACUAUCCACUUGAUUUUAUUUUUGACUCUAUCAACCAAAGAAUAAAAAAUUUGAUUAAAAAGAAACACAAUGUACAUAACGUUGUAACCGAUAGUGACGUUACUAAGGAGUCUAUCUCUUGGCUUACGGUUCCCUUCAUUCCGCCUCACACAGAGAAAUUCAGAACAUUGCGCAAAAAUAAAGACGAUAUCAGGGUAGCCUUCCACAGCCCCAACAAAAUGAGCAAGUACAUUAGAGUCCAAAAGGACACUUGUCCUCGUACAUCGAAAAAUAAUGUCGUCUAUAAAAUUUUAUGUAAUGAUUGCGACGCGUCUUACGUCGGGCAGACGGGCAGACAAUUAAAAACUAGAAUUGCGGAACACCGUAACCAUAUUAGAUACAAAACUUCUGCUCGCUCUGUCAUUACCGAGCAUAGGCUUCUUCAUGAUCAUGAUUUUCAAUGGGACGGUGUUCAAAUUCUGGAUGAAGAACCUUCUUACAGAAAGCGGUUGAUAUCGGAAAUGUUGCAUAUUAAAAAGCAAAAAAAUAGUCUGAAUCUACAAACUGACACCGAAGGUCUUCACAAAGCGUAUCUACCGAUUAUAAACAAAGUAUGA